CAUUUCGAAAAGAAAAAAAGGUUUAGGAAAAUUGAAUAAAAUAAUUUUCAUUUUCCUCUUUCAAAAAUUGAAAAAAAUAAUCAAGUUUUUAGAAAAAAAUUGUAAAAUGGGUGUUCAAGAAAAAGAUCCUCUUUUGCAAUUAAGUUUGCCACCAGGAUUUAGAUUUUAUCCAACUGAUGAGGAGCUUUUAGUUCAAUAUUUAUGCAAGAAAGUUGCUGGCCAUGAUUUUGCUCUAGAAAUUAUUGGAGAAAUUGAUUUGUACAAAUUUGAUCCUUGGGUUCUACCUAGUAAGGCAACAUUUGGAGAAAAGGAAUGGUAUUUCUUUAGUCCAAGAGAUAGAAAGUACCCGAACGGAUCGCGACCGAAUAGAGUCGCGGGUUCGGGUUAUUGGAAAGCAACGGGUACUGAUAAGGUCAUAAUUUCACAAGGAAAGAAAGUCGGAAUUAAGAAAGCACUUGUGUUUUAUGUGGGUAAAGCACCAAAAGGAUCUAAAACAAAUUGGAUCAUGCAUGAAUAUAGACUUUUUGAAUCUUCAAGGAAAAAUAAUGGAAGUUCAAAGCUAGAUGAAUGGGUGCUUUGUCGAAUUUAUAAGAAGAAUUCAAGUGGACCAAAACCUCUUAUGUCUGGUUUACACAGCAGCAAUGAAUACAGCCAUGGUUCUUCCAAUUCCUCCUCAUCCCAAUUCGAUGAUAUGCUCGAAUCGUUACCAGAAAUGGAUGAUCGAUUCUCCAACUUGCCGAGAUUGAACUCUCUUAAGACCGAAAAACUGAACCUCGAACGCCUGGAUUCAGCCAAUUUCGAUUGGGCAAUCCUUGCUGGGCUCAAACCCAUGCCGGAAUUGGGCCCAGCAAAUAACGCUCCAGGCGUUCAGACUCAGGCUCAGGGGCAUGUCAACAACCUUAUCCACAACCACAACAACAACAACAAUAUGAAUUUUCUGAACGAUGUUUAUGUACAUCCUCCUACGAAUUUCCGAGGCAACACCAAGGUUGAAAGCAUUAAUUUGGAUGAAGAAGUUGAAAGCGGGAUCAGAAAUCGACACUUCCAAGAGAGUGUAGGUGGAUUUUCCCAAACGUAUACGAACAGUGUCGGCCAAUUCGGAAUUCAGUGUCCGAAUCAGGAGUUAAAUCUGGGGUUCAGGCAAUAGGACAUUGAAAAAUAGGAAAAUUGUAACUUGUAAUAGCUUGAAAUCUGAAUGCCAGUAUACUGUAUAUAUACAGAACAGAAGAUCUGGAUUUGACUUAGAUUUCUUUGCCCCUACAGAUUUGAAUAAGAGGAAGAAGAGAUUCAUGGCACAGAGGAAAUAAAUGUUCUUUAAUCAAGUUGCCUUGGAAGUCAUAAGGGCACGUCAAAAGAACAUUUUAUUGUACACAUACAGGAAAUAUAUGCAGGGGCAUGUAUAUUCUUUUAGGAACUGGGCUUAUAGUUUGUUUUGUUUUAGUUGUGAUAAUACAUUUCCAGAUUUUGAUGUGUUCUGUAAUUCAAGUUAGAAGAUAUAUAGAGUAUCUAUAUGUAAACACUUCAAUUCUUUUUUGAUGUGUAUCAAAGUUCUAUUUGUAUGA